GUCGACACUCCAUCGAAAAGCGCCAUCCUAACGAGUCUCAUGUCCAAUAUGGCAAAGCGUGCAAUGCUUGUUUUCCAGCUGCGGUCGAAUUACGACAAUUUUAUCGAGGAUUGCCUCGAUGUUUUAGCAAAUUCACAAGUUAUUCGGUCUCCGGGAAUGAGUACUAGUUUUCGUUUAAAGAGAAAAAAAUUGUUAUUUAAGAGUGACGAUUGUUUCUCGUUUUCGAGGACAUAGGACGGUACAACACAGUGAGUAACCUUUCUAAACAAAGUUUACUGGAAACUUUGUGUACAUUUAUAACAAAGGAAUAGGCUACAUAAUUUAUAAUUCGCCUAAGGUCUCAAUGACCCGUUCGACCUGUUCAGUGGAGGAAAUGCGCUUAUUUCAGCUCGAUAUCGCAAGUGUACCGUGUCGUGUAUUGUUAUAUUUUUGAAUACUGUGCCACGAGUGUCGUGUGUUGAAAUAUCCCUUUCAAAGACUAAACACGAUAAAUGAGUACUUUUGAAGAAUCACUGAACGAUCAGGAUCCGGAUUAUGUUUCCGCAGUCUCCAACACCCAACAAAAGGUUUAUGAAGAAAAUGCGAGGAACAGCACUGCUAGAAAGAUAGUUGCAAUAGUGAAGAAGGAAUUCUCACGGGAGAUCAAUGAGAAGGAGAAGGAAAUCUUGCAGAUACAAGAGAGAUUGAACGAAUCCUUUAAGAUCUUGCAUUACUUACGCUACGUCGUAAUCACUAACUUCUACAGCAGCAAACAAUGUCAGCUACCGCAAGCUGCUGAGGCAAGCAAGCAAACGAGAAUUCACCCUGCAGUCAAAUCGUUGCUCGGCAAAAGUCCUAAAUUCUUAAACUAUACAGAGCCCGCGGUGCCGUCAACGUCCACGGAUCCCCGCUUUCUGUCUGUCAACGAAUCUCCCGUUCAAUCAGGAGCAAAAAGUUCAACGAUUAAGGCACAGAAUGCGAACAAGUGUAACGACAAGUCGUCGUCGACCAAGAAGCAGCCACUGUCGUCAGACGAGGAGCCACGGCCGUGUAAGAUACCUCGCUACGUGCCACCGAAGAGCAGCGUGCCGGAAAGUAGCGCGCAGCCGUCCCGUGGCGACAAGCACAAGGUGCACAAGCGCGUUGUCAUCGGCAACAUCUCUAAGUGGAUCCCGCGCGAGUGGCGAGACGAUAGCGAAACCACCCACAAGUGGACGAUAUACGUGCGCGGCGACAAGGAAGCCACCGACGUCAGCACGUACAUCAGUAAGGUGAGAUUCAUGUUGCAUCCUAGCUACAAGCCGAACGACGUGGUCGAGGUCGCGACGUACCCGUUCCACUUGUCCCGACGCGGCUGGGGUGAAUUCCCGCUCCGGGUGCAACUACACUUCAAAAACCCCCUCAACAAGCCGUCAAACAUCAUCCACUACCUCAAGCUGGACCGUACUUAUACGGGCCUACAGAUGUUGGGCUCGGAGACUUUGGUCGACCUGUGGAUCUACCCUGCUAACUCCCACAGUUGCGACGAAAGCGUGAGCGAGCUCGUCAAGCUGCCGGUCAAGAACAACGUGAAGAUAGAGUCUGGACUGAUCGCUGACGAUGUUGUCAAGCUUUUCAAGCGUUUUGACAGAGCACUGCCGACGUCGCGACUCCAGGAUUAUACUUCCGAGGAGAUUAAGGUGGAGAAGGAGCUACUUGGCCCACUGACAGAUUCAGUGUUCUCCGAGAAGCCUGAGGACGUCAAAGUGAAAGCCGUAUUUGACAACGCAGUUCGCGAAGCGGUCUCAGGUAUACCUUUCCCCGUAAACACCGAGGAGUCGCACUUGGAUGACAUACGUUUUAAUAUUCAUCAUGAUCACUUUUACACGAGAGAACAGUAUUUCAAGGCUCGUCGCACCGUCAAAGAUGGUAACAUAACAAUAGAACACUUCCCGGACAACGAGACUGCCGUCGCGAUGAGCUUACCCCCGAUCAACAUAAAUGAGGAGAAGUCUGUCGACACAAUGAUCAACGGUUGUUACGAAUUUCCCAGCGAUCCCAAGCCACCGACGUUUGCGAACGUCCUAGAUACGGCGGAAAGUGACUCGCAAAUACUUCGGGAAUCGUCGGAAUUUCCGAAGAGCGACGAUCCGGAGAAGAAUUCGUGGUCGCUCGACGCGAACGAGUCUUCACGAGCGACGGACUCGCAGAACGACGAAGUUCCGGUUGGAAUCUCGGACAGCACCGCGAAAGCUGCAACGACGACGACGACGACGACCAACGGCUUCUGCAAACCGAUUGACGCUAUGCUCGACCGAUUGAAGAAUCUACAGACAGCCGCAGGCGCCAACAAUUUGCACCUGCAGCCUUUGAUGAUCUCCAUACCGCCGUUGUUCACACCUUCGAACGGCAAACGCAUUCUCCUCACGAAGGACAAAAUGCUGGUCUCGAUGAACAAGGAGAAAUCCAACGACGGUGACAUGAAAGCCUGUGAAAGAAAAAAUCGUCCUUUGACUGUCGCGGGUGACUUCGCGAAAUUGAAGCUGGAAACGAUACCCCAGGGCACGAGCAUUCUGAAGAAACAGCUGUUCAAGACCAAGACGAACGCAAAGAACACGGUCACCAAGAAAGCCGCCAUGCUCACGUUAAAUGACACCAACAGUCUGCUGUUGAACAUGAAUUACUUCGAGCCGGCGCUGAAGAUCGCAGACUCGCGCGAUCCGCAAUACAACUACAGCUUGUCCGACGCCGUAAAAGGCAUCUCCUCGUCGUCGUUAUUGUCGACUGGCAAUCGGGAGGGUACCAAGUCGACCGAUAAGGACGAAAAGACAACACAGCGAGCGAAGAUCACGUUGGGCAAAGAUAAGCAUAAGCUCCAAAGUAAGGGACAACUGUACGAGACGGUUUUCCAGUCGAUCGAUCGUGCGAAUAUCACCAACACGGAGGCGCUUGUGCGGUUCAUUAUGCGUAGGUUGCCAAUGAUCACGCAAGACGCUCGCGAUCCCGAGUACGUGCGUCUGCAUCCUUACGCGUGUUACAGCGAGGAAAACUUUCUUGCGAUGAGCAUUGGCAAGCAGCGAGCCUUGGAGUGGCACCGUGCCAAGAUGGUGAAGAGUUUCUUGCGGAAGAAACUGCCCCAGUACGACGAGUCCCGGCUUUGGAGCGUCAAAGAGAUCCUAGUGUGGACGAGGCUGCAUGGCUACACACCGAAUUGCAGCGUUUUCGAGGCGUCAAAAGUGAACACGACGAGCACCAGCACCAAAAAACUGUUCGACUUUUCAGCCUUUACGUGCACGGAGCCUGUUGUGUUUCACAAGUGGCUGCAAGCCAAUCGGCAAGAGUCUAGUCAUCGUUCGACGAACGACUGUGUUGACGAGGUCGACGGGAUAGAGAUCGACAUAGUUGCUAUCGACCAGAAUCCGUGCAGAGGCGUGAUCGACCGGGGCAAAGACGUAAACGUCCACAGUAAUUCGAGCGCCGCAUCUUCCACGUUGAUGCCGCUCGAGCUUGACAAGAAUUUGAUGCCAUUGCACAAGUUUGUGUGCGACACGGCGCAGGAAAUCGGCAUCAAGAUCGCACCUGAGGAAAUUGUUCCAGGCGUUGUAUAUUGCGCAGCUAGUCGAGUGAUGAUGAGGGUUAUCGAAUGUUUUGUGGAAGACCUAACUCGAUCGUCGUGGGCAAAAGCUUUGGAGAGAAACAGCAGCGACGGAUGUCCCAAGAACAUCACACCAGACGACGUUCGUAAUGCCCUUGCGAGCAAAGAGGAGUUCGACAUCUUCACAAACGAAGGUUUAGGUUCACAGCAACAACGAAUUGAAGAUUCGACAUGAUCCUAAAUCGCGACAACAAUUCAUACACAUGAAGAUAACCGCUCACUCCCAGUCCACUGGAAUCUUAUGACGCUUGAUUUCAAGCUGCAGCCACUCGCGGACCGGCCUAUAGUAAGCCAGAAGCGGCUCCACACGAUACUCCGCGUAGCCCGUGGUCAGAUGUAACGCGCGCCUCCAGCCCACGCUGCUUCCAAGCUCCAUCACCGACCAGAGGACAAAAAGCAACCACAUUACGCCUGGAUGCUAUUUUUCUUCACACUUUUUUACGAUUGUUAUUUUUUUACUUCCUUUCCAAAAUUUACGAUGUAUGAAAAAGGAUUAAGAAAGCUACAUUUUGCAUAAAACUAACGAAAUUA